AUGCCAGCGCCUGAGGAGGACGCUCGCCGGCGAGACGGCGCCCUCGAGCUCGUUGCGUUGCACGCUCGCUGCGCCGCGCAGACCCUUGGUCGGCUCGCUUCCUGCUCCGCUGUGCUGAGCUCCGCCACGCGGCGGUCAUCGCUCGCGGCCCUGUACCUCGCGGGCAACCGGGAGCCCAAAGCAUUUUUUGAAGACGCCCUUGGGGAGGCGGGUGGUCGGUACGCGCAGCUCAGGCGCCUGGAGGUAGCAUUCUGCGACAGGCUCACCGAUGCGCACCUUGCCCUGUUGCCGACGGGGCUGACUGCGCUUGCGCUUGAUGCUUGCCGCAGCCUCGGCGACGGCGGCGUCGAGGCGCUCGUUCGUGCCUGCGGCGCUUCGCUCGUAUCGCUGCGACUUUACGCCGCAGUGAGGCUGACCGACUCUUCGGCGCGACACCUCGCACGCUGUGGCCGGCUGCAGAGCCUCUCUCUGUCGGGGUGCACCGGCAUAGGCUCGGAGGGCAUGCUGUCGGUCGCAUCGCGGCUGCGACGCCUCACAGAGCUCGAUCUGACACGCAUGCCGCUCCUCGACGACAUCGCUGCCGCUGCGAUCAUGCAGGGCAACCCCAGGCUGGUGUCGGUCACGCUCUAUGCCAAUGGACAGCUCUCCGAGGCGCCCAUUCUGAGCUUGGCGCGCGCGGCUCGCGCCAGCCUCACACAGCUCGAUUUCACCGGCCUCAACGACCUGGCAGACGCGCCCCUGCUCGCCCUCGGCGCGGUCGCGUCCGCGCUGCACUCCCUAUCGAUCUCGUGGUGCCUUGGCGUAACAGACGUGGGCGUCGCGGCCAUUGCUGCCGGCUGCCCGCUCGAGGUGUUGUCGCUCCACGGCAUCCGAGGGCUCACCGCCGCCGCACUCGAUGCCCUCGUUGCUCACCGAGCAGCCUCGCUAGUCGCCCUAGAUGUGCGCGGCUGCAUUGGCAUGGGUUGCCCACAGCCAGCAUCACUGCGGGCGAGGCUGCCCCGCGUGCAUACAUUUGUGAUUCACAAGGGUUGA